CAGAUCUUCUGAGUAUUUUAUAAUUAAUCCUCGAAUAUGAAAAUUUCCUCAGGUUCUAUGGAAACAAAGCUGCAAACGAUCGUGGAUGGUUUAAAUGACGAACCGUUUAAAAUGAACUUGAAUUUGAUCAACUUCGAUGCGAUAUCCAAUGAGCAAUUGCUGCAAAUUCUGAGUAAUGUGCUGCUUUGGAUCGAAGGACUAGAUGCGGUGGAUAUCCAUGAAGAAGCAGCCGAUGUUACGGCACUUCGUCUAUUCAAUUCUCUUCGUGUCCUCAAGUACCGUCCACCGGCUGAUAUCGAAAAACUGUAA